GAUAAAUAGGCAGCGCGAAUUCCACGAUUCGCAUGGCCGGAAGAGACGCCGAUCGCCGCGUCGCCGCCAAGCUGGCCGAGGCCUGCCGAGAGACCGCUGCGGAAGCCAUCGCUGCGACGCUUGCGUCGGGCCAAGCGUCCACUGUGUACCACAACCGCGGCAAGUUUGCCAGCCGCAAAGAGGCGCAAGCGGCCAAGAUUGCCGCUGCCAAAGCCAAGCGCGAGGCCAAGGAAGGCAAAGCAUAGAGCAAUGGCACUUGAAUAUAUCUAUGGCGUGGCAUGCGCCGAUGAGCUUG